AUGACAGCGACGGCAAGAAUCNAUUGGUAUGAGUCGGCAAAGGCUACAUUCCUAAGGAACAGUAGGGAAGGAGGGGAUGACAGCGACGGCAAGAAUCGGGUGACAACUGCCGCCAAAAACGUGAUUCUCUUCAUUGGCGACGGAAUGGGUAUAACGACAGUGACUGCCGCGAGGAUUAUGAAGGGACAGCUGUUAGGGCUGAGCGGUGAAGAACAUCAGCUUUCCUUUGACCACUUCCCCAAUAUUGCCCUCUCAAAGACGUAUAACAUCAACAGCCAAGUGGGCGACUCGGGUGCCUGUGCCACAGCACUGCUCAAUGGCGUUAAGGCCAGGUAUGAGACCAUCGGUUUGGACGAGAAUGGCUUCUUCGAGGACUGCCAGUCGACGUUCACAUCGAGCGUCGAAAGCAUUGCUAAUUGGGCUCAGGAUGAGGGUGAGGGCAAAUCGACGGGAGUGGUGACAACCACUCGUGUAACACAUGCCACCCCUGCGGCCCUGUAUUCGCACAGCGCCAGCAGAUACUGGGAAAGUGAUGACAAAGUGCCCCAAAACGCUAAAAUGUGUAAAGAUAUCGCGAGACAACUCAUAGAGAAUAGUCCGGGAAAAGGUCUAAAUGUGAUUCUGGGCGGCGGGAGAAGACAUUUCUUAAACGCCACCGAAAGGGAUCCCCAACGACCUAAUGAGUUCGGGCGCCGACACGACGGACGCAAUCUCAUCGACGAGUGGCUGAAGGGUAAGAAGGAUACGGGUGUUGAGGCUCAAUAUGUCAAGAAUAAGGCAGAGUUGGAGCGCCUGAACACUUCGCGCAUCGAUUAUCUGUUGGGUCUCUUCAGUGGCAACCAUAUGGCGCACGAACUGGACCGGGAGGACGGGCCCAGCGGUGAGCCGUCGUUGGCAGAGAUGACGACCAAAGCCAUAGAGAUCUUGCGGCAUAACCCUCACGGCUAUGUAUUGGUGGUGGAGAGCGGCCGUAUAGAUCACGCCCAUCACCUCAAUAACGCUAAGCGAGCCCUCGUCGACACUCUAGCCUUAGAUGAGGCCAUUUCGGCGGCCGUUAAGUCGACUCAGGCGUCAAACACGCUAUUAGUGGUCACAUCAGAUCACUCACACGUCUUCACAUUUGGAGGAUUUCCAAAGAGAGGAAACCAUAUAUUAGGCGCUGACAGCAAGGUCUCUGAUGUCGAUUCCCUCCCAUACACAACACUGCUCUAUGCUAAUGGUCCCGGAUAUAUGAGAAAACGCAUCAAUAUAGCCACAAUCGACACCAGCAAAUCGACGGGAGUGGUGACAACCACUCGUGUAACACAUGCCACCCCUGCGGCCCUGUAUUCGCACAGCGCCAGCAGAUACUGGGAAAGUGAUGACAAAGUGCCCCAAAACGCUAAGAUGUGUAAAGAUAUCGCGAGACAACUCAUAGAGAAUAGUCCGGGAAAGGGUCUCAAUGUGAUUCUGGGCGGCGGGAGAAGACAUUUCUUAAACGCCACCGAAAGGGAUCCCCAAAGACCUAAUGAGUUCGGGCGCCGACACGACGGACGCAAUCUCAUCGACGAGUGGCUGAAGGAUAAGAAGGAUACGGGUGUUGAGGCUCAAUAUGUCAAGAAUAAGGCAGAGUUGGAGCGCCUGAACACUUCGCGCAUCGAUUAUCUGUUGGGUCUCUUCAGUGGCAACCAUAUGGCGCACGAACUGGACCGGGAGGACGGGCCCAGCGGUGAGCCGUCGUUGGCAGAGAUGACGACGAAAGCCAUAGAGAUCUUGCGGCACAACCCUCACGGCUAUGUAUUGGUGGUGGAGAGCGGCCGUAUAGAUCACGCCCAUCACCUCAAUAACGCCAAGCGAGCCCUUGUCGACACUCUAGCCUUAGAUGAAGCCAUUUCGGCGGCCAUUAAGUCGACUCAGGCGUCAAACACGCUAUUAGUGGUCACAUCAGAUCACUCACACGUCUUCACAUUUGGAGGAUUUCCAAAGAGAGGAAACCAUAUAUUAGGCGCUGACAGCAAGGUCUCUGAUGUCGAUUCCCUCCCAUACACAACACUACUCUAUGCUAAUGGUCCCGGAUAUAUGAGAAAACGCAUAAAUAUAGCCACAAUCGACACC